AUAAUGUUAAUAUUAAAUUUAAAUGUCUAAUAUGAUUUUAUCCACAUUAUUAAAACUAUGAGCUGGUUAGGAGAUUUGAUUGAAUCCUCUAUAUAACAUAUCCUUUUUCUUUAUUGCAAAAACUCCAAAUCUCGCAAACGUCCUCAAAGAGAACGGGACAAAAUCAAAAAGAGAAGGAAAAUUACUUUGAGUGUGAGCUGUCUUCUUUCUUCCUCUCCAAUUCCUUUCACCUCACUCUCUGCUUUCCUCUUCUUCCCAAAUUUAAAACCUAACACAGGAAAAUAGCGAGAUAAAAGAAACAUACAAAACACGUUGAAAAGAAAAAACAGAAAAAGCAAAAUGCGUUUCCCAUGGCUCCUCCUCCUCCUUGUCCUGUUCCUCCACCUCAGCCGCUCCUCCGCCGCACCACCGCCGCGGAUGCCGGAAUACCGAGCCCUACUCUCUAUCAAAUCCGCCAUUACCGAGGACCCGCAGUCGGGCCUGGCGUCGUGGAAGGAAUCCACGGACCACUGCCAGUGGAGUGGCGUCACGUGCGACGCCACGCGCAGGCACGUGACUGCACUGGACAUCUCCAGCCUCGAUCUCGUCGGGGCCCUCUCUCCGGACGUCGGCCAGCUCCGAUUCCUCGUGAACCUCUCCGUCGCCUCCAAUAGCAUUUCCGGCCCCAUUCCUCCCCAAAUCGCCGACAUUCCCAACCUUCGCUUCCUCAAUCUCUCCAACAAUGUCUUCAACCUUAGCUUCCCGCCGCAGCUUUACCGCCUCAGGAACCUCCAGGUCCUCGAUCUGUACAACAACAAUCUGACCGGCGCUUUCCCCUCGCAGGCGUAUUUACUCACCAAUCUUACCCACCUCCAUCUCGGCGGCAACUUCUUCAACGGUUCCUUGCCGGCGGAGUUCGGCUCGUUCCCUCACCUCGAGUACCUGGCUGUUUCCGGUAACGAGCUCACCGGAUCCAUACCGCCGGAGAUCGGGAACUUGACUCAGCUCAAGGAACUUUACAUUGGGUAUUACAAUGCGUUCACCGGCGGAAUCCCCAAGGAGAUUGGGAAAUUGUCUCAGCUGGUGAAAUUCGACGCCGCCAACUGCGGGCUUACCGGUGAGAUCCCGCCGGAGAUAGGGAAUCUGCAGAACCUCGACACUCUUUUUCUCCAGGUGAAUGCACUUUCCGGCGGCCUGGCGUCGGAGAUUGGCUACCUGAAGAGCUUGAGAUCGCUGGAUCUGUCCAACAACAUGUUUUCCGGUGAAAUUCCGCUGUCGUUUGCGGAGCUAAAAAACCUAACCCUCUUAAACCUUUUCAGGAACAAGCUCACCGGCUCAAUUCCGGAUUUUAUCGCCGAGCUGCCGGAGCUACAAGUUCUGCAGUUGUGGGAGAAUAAUUUCACUGGGAUUAUUCCUCCCAACUUGGGAACUAAUGGGAACCUUCAGGAAGUCGAUGUUAGUUCGAACAAAUUGACCGGAAAUUUGCCCCAAAGUAUAUGCAAAGGCAAUCAGCUGCACACAUUAAUCACUCUUGGAAAUUUCCUCAUCGGUCCCAUUCCUGACUCACUGGGUGAAUGCAAGUCACUGAGUCGAAUUCGAAUGGGUGAUAACUAUCUUAACGGCUCCAUUCCAAAAGGGCUAUUAAGUUUGCCUAAACUCACUCAAAUCGAGCUCCAAGAUAAUCUCCUAUCUGGUCCUUUCCCAGAGACCGAUGCACAGUCCACGAGCCUCGGCCAAAUUACUCUCUCCAACAAUCAACUCACCGGGCCUUUGUCGCCGAGCAUUGGGAAUUUCGUGGGCGUUCAGAAGCUCUUGCUCGAUGGAAACAAAUUCUCGGGCCCAAUCCCAGCUAAAAUCGGGAACCUAAAGCAGCUCUCAAAGAUGGAUUUGAGCCACAAUGAGUUCUCGGGCCGCAUUGCCCCCGAGAUCAGCGAAUGUAAGCUGUUGACCUUCGUUGACCUGAGCCGAAACCAGCUCUCCGGCGAAAUCCCAUCAGAGAUCACUGGUAUGAGAAUCUUGAACUACUUGAAUGUGUCUAGAAAUCAUUUGGUGGGUGGCAUCCCUUCAUCCAUAGCUAGCAUGCAGAGUUUAACCUCUGUUGAUUUCUCAUAUAACAAUCUCUCUGGAUUAGUUCCUGGGACUGGCCAGUUUAGUUACUUCAAUUACACUUCCUUUGUGGGCAACCCCGAUCUUUGCGGCCCGUAUUUGGGGUCAUGCAAGGCCGGAAUUUCCGGUGGGCCCAUGAGGCCGCACGAGAAAGGGACUUUCUCCCCUUCCACUAAGCUUCUCCUCGUGAUUGGACUCCUCGUUUGCUCUAUCGUUUUUGCUGUGGCUGCCAUUAUCAAAGCGCGGUCCUUAAAGAAGGCGAACGAGGCCCGUUCAUGGAAGCUCACGGCCUUCCAACGUUUGGACUUCACUUGCGAUGACAUAUUGGACAGUCUCAAAGAGGACAACAUCAUUGGGAAAGGUGGAGCUGGCAUUGUUUACAAAGGUGUGAUGCCAAACGGGGAAUUAGUGGCCGUCAAGCGGCUGGCGGCAAUGGGCCGCGGCUCCUCACAUCACGAUCACGGAUUCAGUGCCGAGAUACAGACUUUAGGGAGGAUAAGGCACCGACACAUUGUUCGUUUACUGGGGUUCUGUUCGAAUCACGAGACAAACCUUCUGGUUUACGAGUACAUGCCUAAUGGGAGCUUGGGGGAAAUGCUCCAUGGCAAGAAAGGCGGCCACUUGCAUUGGGACACACGGUAUAAGAUAGCUGUGGAGGCUGCCAAGGGACUCUGCUAUCUGCAUCACGACUGCUCGCCUUUGAUAGUCCACCGUGAUGUCAAGUCGAAUAACAUACUUCUGGAUUCGGGCUUCGAAGCCCAUGUUGCUGAUUUUGGGCUUGCCAAGUUCUUGCAGGAUUCUGGGACGUCCGAAUGCAUGUCAGCCAUUGCUGGUUCUUAUGGCUACAUUGCUCCUGAAUACGCGUACACACUUAGGGUGGACGAAAAGAGUGACGUGUACAGUUUCGGGGUCGUUCUCUUGGAACUUGUCACGGGCCGAAAGCCCGUUGGCGAGUUUGGUGACGGUGUGGACAUAGUCCAGUGGGUCCGGAGAAUGACUGAUGGUGCCACUGAAGGGGUUAUCAAAAUCCUCGACCCAAGGCUCUCGACUGUCCCACUCCAUGAACUGAUGCAUGUCUUUUAUGUGGCAAUGCUAUGUGUUGAAGAGCAGGCAGUCGAGCGGCCCACCAUGCGUGAAGUGGUGCAGAUACUAACAGAGCUUCCCAAGCCACCUGGCGCAAAACCGGGAGAAUUGAAGGAUUCGGAUUUGAGCCAACCGAAAUCGGGUUUGGAGUCUCCUCAAUCGCCGGUUGUGCCAGAUCUACUCAGCAUUUGAAAUUGAAGGGCAGUUUAGUCUAUUGGGAGGUUUGUGAAAUGGGUCUUAAUUAGUUUUAUUUGAAUUUUUAGUGUAAGGUGGUUAUGGUGCUGUAUGUUUGUUUGUUUGAUGUUUGGACUUUUUCGUUUUUUUUGUUUGUUUGUUUGCUUUUGUUUGAAUAACUUGGUUUGUUUGUAGUAUUAAGUUUUUAGGGGUGGACCGUGGAUUAUUGUUAUGUUUUGCUUUCAGAAGUAUGUGUAUAGGUGCAAAUUAAACCCAGGUUGUUUCUUUUUUCCUUUUCUCUUCUGAAAGUAGUAGUACUAUUAAAUUAUCUUGUUUAUGUUUGCUAGAAACUUGAUUUGCUAAUCCAUGUAAUUAUAUUAUUUUAUUUCGAAAUGUGUGGAUGUUCGUGUAUGAAAUAUGAAAAUAAUAAUGUGAUGUACAAG